GCAAGUUUCUUCUUGUCUUCUCGGGGAGUUGAUUGGACUAGGCUCGUUUGAACUAGCCUCCUCUCCGCUUUUCUACUACUUUCUACGGAGAAAGCGAGGCGAGCUUCAAAAUCCGAAAUGGUGCAAAGCGACGAUCGAUUUCACCAAAUUUCAAGGUCUCCCGAAAACUCCUUUUUCGACCGCCUCUCAAAGAAGGCUAUUCUCUUGGAUAGGAGGAGUCGGGGAAGCUAUCCUUUCUUUUCCCUUCAUGGAUUCUCCUUCCCUAUCCCGAUUCGAUUAUCAAGACGCGGAUGAGUAUCAAUCAGCAGAGGAGGCCAUAGAGAUUUCUCCCGAUUCGGAGUCCGAAGGAUAUGAAUUGGAGAUGGAGUCCAUUACUGGAAAAGGCAUAAAUCGGUUGUGCUCGGAGCUUCUUGAAUUAAAGAAAGCAUCGGAUGAAGAUUUUCUGAAAAAUAUUUAUUCAAAUUAUUCAGCCUUUAUGAGGAUAUUUGAAGAAUUUGAAGGCAUAGAAAGUGAAAUCUUGAAAAUGAAGAAUCAUGUUUCAACACAAAACAUGCUUGUUGAAGAGUUUAUGAACAGCUUCCAUUCAGAGAUUAUAUUGGAGAAAUUGGAAAAUUUGAAGGAUGAGUGUGUUGAAGAUCUCGAUCUAGAUUUUCCAACCUGGAUGGAGACUCGCAUGCAAAAUAUUUUGGAAACACUGGACAUUCUUAUGUCAGAGCACCGGAUGGAAGAGGCUUUGGUUGUCUUGGAGAAGGAGACCCAAAACAUGCAGAAGUUGCUGAAGGAAAAGGAUGGUUUAUUGCCAAUUAUCAGUUCAUUUGCAUAUGCAAUUUCAGAGUUGCAAACUGCGCUUGCUGAACAGUUUACUUCAUUGGCUGGACACAGGAGAGUAACCUGGCCAGAACUCCAUAACGCAUUAUUUGGACUCUGCAGACUUGGUGAAAGUGACCGUGCAAUUGUUUUGUUACUAAAUUUCUAUCAUUUACAACUUGAAAACAGUGUAAAAGAGCUGAAAUGCUCGGCACCAUUUCCUCAUGAAACUUACACAUUGGAACUUACCAAGGUUGUCUUCUCUACCAUUUCUCAGGCCACAAGGAGUUUUGUUUUGUUGUUUGGGGAAGCAUCUCCUUAUACUUUGGACUUAAUGCAAUGGACUAGAGUAGAACUUGAAGUGAUUUAUCAUAGUUUUGAUAUGUCUGUCAAAUCAAUGUCAGAGACAAGUUUUGCCUUAGGUUUGGCCGUUGAAAUUAUGAACAUUUCUUUUUCAUUUUGUUCAUUAUUGGAGCAGGAGAGACUUAGCUUGCGGGCUGACGUGAUUAAGCUGAUGAAACCUUGCAUCACAGAGGUAUUGAAGAUGCAUUUUGAUCAGUUGAGAAAAGUUGUUAGUCUAUUUGCUUCUACUGAUAAUUGGGUCCUGGGGAAAUUUCCUUUUUCGGAAAAAUUUAGUAAUAAAUCACCUUUAAUGGAAAUCAAUGGAAAAUUGGAAUACCUCCAGCUUACAAGUAGUGGAAGAAAGUUUAUCACACUAAUGCAGAUUUUUCUUCUUCGCUGUAUACUGGCCGAGCCAGGUGUUGGCUUCUUUCUUUCCAACUAUCCACAGUUGGCUGUGCAUUCCUCUUCUCUAACCUCCCCUGCUGUACGCCUCCCUACAGUAGCCAAACGGUCCUAUCCAGCUACUGUUCGUCACCUCCAGAAGCUGCAGGAAGCAACUGUGGCUGUCCAACUGUUGUCCAUCUUCUUCCCCACCCUCCAGAACUUUUAUCAGCCUCGUUUCCAGGCCACAACAAGUUAG